CCGGGAAUGUUGCACACAAUGAGUCCGCCGGGACUUCUGCCGCAAUACAGUUCGUGGUCUUUGGUAUGUUUGGGUCCGUCGAGUCUCUACUCGCAUAACAUCGGCCUUCAAGAACAGCCGGGUUUUAUAAGUGGCGCCAAUUUUCUGCUCCCAUGGGAUGUGACCGUAAAGUUGGAACAUUCUGGACAUUUGCCACCCCUUUGGGAGGGGAAGAGACCGCCGGGUAUUAAGAACAAGAAGACGUUCAAAGACGGCACACAAUUCACAGUAAAGGUAUUCAUAGGCGUUGAGUACGAGUGCCAUCGCGGCCACCGUUUCAUCGCUUCUGGACCUGACUCUGUGCUCAAAGCAAAUAUGGGAAUCGUUAAGGAGUCGGCCAAUCGCGUCGCCAGCAAUGAUAUGCCGCUAUACUUC